AUGCCGGAAAUACCCAAGUUUGAGAUGCCAAGCAUGCCUUGGGUGUGUGACUUUCUUGAGAGCAAGGAGAAGGAAAAGAAGAAGGGAGAGGGAGGAAGAGGGAGGAAGAGGGAGGAGGGCUCGGAGCAUGCGACGUUUGAGCUGCCGCACAUGCCAUGGGACAAGCACAAGGAGGAGGAGAAAGUUGAGAUAGGCCUCUCCCUGCCCAAGCUUGAGUUGCCCAACAUGCCAUGGGACAACCAGCAAGAAGAGAGCAGGCGACAGACUGGCGUCACGAGUCUCCGAUCAUGUUGGUGA